GAUACGUGACGUCAGGAAGCGGUCGUCAAGGGAUGUUUUUAGUUUAUAGAAGUUUAGCUAUUAACUGCCCUUGGAUGCUUAAAAAUGUACUUGGAGACUUGUAUAAUGUUUACGGAACGACUUUAUAGUGAGAAAGAGCACCGCAUUUCUAUUCAAAUAUCGCUUUCACGAGCCGCUACAGUGAGUGGUCUGAUAACGAAAUGACGGACAUUAGCCGUGUGAUGCUAACUUUAGCCGAUUAGCAUUGUUAAUGAUAACAACAUGGCACAAGUCGCUCCUUCCUCCGGAUCGAUCAUAGUAGCUGACUGGCAUCAAUGUAAAGACAGCAAAGAAUAUUUCAACAAAAUUCUACACAAGAAGAGACGCAAACACUUCGGCCUUUUGGAGUCUCCAGUGAUGCCUCCACAAGAAGCUGUGGACACAGUCCAUUAUAAGAUAUUCAUCUCCGGCAAGAGUGGAGUCGGGAAAACUGCUCUUGCAGCACGUCUUGCAGGCCUGAAACUUCCUAACUUGCACUAUGAAACCACAGGUAUUGAAACCACAGUGGUGUACUGGCCCGUGAAGCUGAGAGAGAAUGGUCGAGUGCUUUUCUUCCGUCUGCAGUUGUGGGACUGCGGAGAGAACACCUUGCGAAGAUUUGACCAUUUGCUUCCUGCCUGUAAGGAGCAGGUGGAUGUCGUCCUCUUCCUAUUCUCCUUCACUGACAGGACGUCUUUUGAUGACCUGUCAAAUCAAAUUGCUAAAUGGACAUCCGAGGCACAUGUGGUGAAAUUGGUGGUUGGCACCAAAUUUGACCUUUUCAUGCACUGUGAUGUGCCGGAGAGAGACGUGAGGGACUUCCAGGAGACAUGGGACUUGCGAGUGCUGCGCGUGGGCGGGGAGGUCAGUGACGGGCUCGGUGACGUAGCCCCACUUCUCAACUGCCUGGCGGAGAACCUGUGGCAUCAGGACUGUGUUACCGCUGGAUCAGCCAACCAUCGUUCACAGCAGGAGAAAGACCAGACAUGAGUUCAGCCAAACAUUUAGAUUUGCUCCUCUUUGUCAAACGCAGGAUCAUUAGAAUAUACCUCCACGGAUUAAGAGCUAUCCAGGCAUAGGUGUGCAUGUAUACCUUUAAGAGACUAUGAUAGCAGACAGGUGUAUACAAGUAUGUUCAGACACUGCAUGACAAUUAAAGCAUAUGAACCUAACCAAAAGACAAAUUGGAAUAUGAAAAGCACCAUUAUUUAAAUACUAAGCAUGAUUGUCACUGAAUUGGAAGUCCAGCCAAGAUCACCAUUGGGUGAUUUCCUUUCAGGGAUUGAAUCCAACAGGAACUGGAAAGGAAUUCUUUUGCUUUCAGAAUGAAGCUGCUGUUGAAGUUAUUAGAUUGAGCUCUAAAGCCGAGUUUCUUACAAUACCCGCCUCAUGCUAUCGGGGAAGUGCAACAAUAUCAUGAAGUUAGACGCAGAAAGGUAGACUGUUUUAAUGGAUUCUUCAUUUAAUCUAAAAAGCACCCACACACUCAACAUCGUUUACUGAAGUUUAUUAUAUAUUUGAGCUUUAAAGACAUUUUCUUUAAAAAAAGUUAAUGACUGAAAAAAUAUUCCUACUUAUUAAAAAAAAAAGAAAAAUCCCCUUACAUGUUGUGUGCCUGUAUUGUAAAAUUUCCGUGCAUGUUUGAAUCCUUAUGUUGUUUUGUGCUCUAUAGGUAAUUAGGCUUAAGUGCAGUCAAGUGUAUACACAUUUUAAGUGAACAGUGUUUCAAUUUUCGAUUAGUAAAGUGUUCAAGCAAUGUGCAAGUCAAAAACGGCCUUCGUAUAAAAUCAAGUCAUCUGUGA